GCUGGGGUUGCUUUUGCUGCUCUUGGGCUUUUUUUGCCCGAGUCGGAGUCAAGAGGAUAACGAUAAUGUUCGAAGGAUAAUGAAGGAAAUGGAAGUAAUGCCGGACAUUUUAGAUGAGCCACCAAAAGAACUACUCAGGAUUAGAUACGACAACACUUUUGAUAUUGAAGAGGGCAAGACAUACACCCCAACAGAGCUAAAGUUCCAACCCAGACUGGACUGGGAUGCCGAUCACGAGUCCUUCUACACAGUGGUUAUGAUCUGUCCCGAUGCUCCGAACCGCGAAAAUCCCAUGUACCGUUCCUGGCUGCAUUGGUUGGUGGUUAAUGUGCCCGGUCUGGACAUCAUGAAGGGACAACCCAUAUCUGAUUAUUUCGGACCUCUUCCGCCCAAGGACAGCGGCAUGCAGCGCUACCUUAUUCUGGUAUAUCAGCAAUCGGAUAAGUUGGACUUUGACGAGAAGAAAAUUGAGCUAAGCAAUGCCGAUGGUCACAGCAACUUCGAGGUGAAGAAAUUCGCUGAAAAAUACGAAUUGGGAAGUCCUGUGGCAGGGAAUGUAUUCCAAUCCAGGUGGGAUGAGUAUGUUCCCGAGUUGAUGAAGACCCUUUACGGAGUCAACGAGUAGAGAUCGAUGGUUUUUAGAGGCGAUUGGAUGAUAAGCGGUUGAUAUGUUCCUUGGUUGUACACAAAUCUGUUCUUCACUGUAUAAUAUCUGUUAAAUAAAUUAGUUAGAUGAGCAUUCCAAAAAA